CGCAUGCGCGUCAGAUCUCCGGAGCGAUGGCUGCUAAGAGCUUCGCUUCCCGCCACAGGGGCUCGCUGCGGUUUCUGAAUGGCUUCUUGGCCGGGGCUGUCGUGGGCGCGGCGGGCGCGGGGCUGACUGCGCUGCGGCUCCUCCGGCGUCGGGACGGCGAGCCGCACGAAUCUGCAGAAAAAGUUGUCUUGGAACAGUUUGGAUUUCCUCUCACCGGAACAGAGACCAGGCGCUACACUAACCACGCCUUAUCUUAUGAUCAGGCAAAACGCGUGCCCAGAUGGGUCCUUGAACAUAUAUCCAAGAACAAGAUUGUAGGUGACGCGGACAGAAAACAUUGUAAAUUCAAGCCUGAUCCCGGUGUCCCUUCAGCCUUCAGCGCCCGCAAUGAGGACUAUGUUGGAAGUGGUUGGUCACGAGGACACAUGGCCCCAGCAGGAAAUAACAAGUUUUCCAGUAAGGCUAUGGCGGAGACCUUCUACCUUUCAAACAUUGUGCCUCAGGAUUUCGAUAACAAUUCCGGCUACUGGAAUAGGAUAGAAAUGUAUUGUCGUGAACUGACGGAGAGAUUUGAAGAUGUUUGGAUAGUAUCAGGACCUUUGACCUUACCUCAUACUAGUGAUGGAAAGAAAACAGUUAGUUACCAGCAGUUGGACUCUGCAUUGGGGUACACUGAGGCUGCUCACAAGAGGCUUAUGGUGAUUGGUGAGGACAAUGUGGCAGUUCCUUCACACCUUUACAAGGUGAUUCUGGCUCGCAGAAGCCCGGAAUCUACGGAACCGCUGGCACUGGGGGCCUUUGUGGUGCCGAAUACAGCUAUUGGUUUCCAGUCCCAGUUAACUGAGUUCCAGGUGAGCUUGCAGGACUUAGAGAAGAUGUCAGGUCUGGUGUUUUUCCCUCAUUUGGACAGAACCACCAACAUCCGGAACAUUUGCUCUGUGGACACCUGUAAGCUCUUGGGUUUCCAGGAGUUCACUCUGUACCUAAGUACAAGGAAGAUCGACGGAGCCCGUUCUGUGGCCAGACUGGAGAAGGUCCUGGAAACUUUGAAGAACUCGGGGGUCGAACCUGAUGAUUACUUUCUGAGUCGCUAUGAGAAGAAGCUAGAGGAACUGAAGGCUAAGGAGCAGGUGGACCCCCAGCGGGGAAACCUGUCCUAGUGUCUGGGUGCGCGCUGAGCACCUGCAAUGAACAGCGUCCCCUCUCCAGGCAGUCGUAUUUUAGCAGACUCAUUUUAAAGAAAUGAUGGAAUCCUGACUAAGCAUCUCUCCAAAGACAUACUGGCUCAAAACUCAGGGUUUUCUUUUCCUAGGAUCUGAGUUGGUGGAGGUGGCUCUUCUCCUGUCCAAAUACACUGAUGAUGUACUUUUUGCUUCUGCUCCCACGAUCCCGAUGUCCUCUGUCUACCUGUCGAAACCUUUCCUAGUGUGCUCUGUAGGAUUGCUUGCGUUGUCUGACUGAGCCUCUGCAGAAUCCUCUGUUCCCAUUUUCCAUGUGGGGAUGUUGAGGCGUAGAGAACUCUGUAUCUUCCCUGUUGGUAUUCUACAGAAGUGCUCUCCGAGCUCAGACAAGGUUGAAUGGAGUUUGACUCAAGUAUUUACCUAUGUGUAGGCUGAGGCUGCUUGUCCGUUUCCCAGCCACCCAGCCCCUAAAUCACACAGAAACUGUUUUAAUUGCAAUACUGUUUGGCUAAUAGCUUAAGCGUAUUUCUAGCUAGCUCUUACAUCUUAAAUUAACCCAUUUCUAUUAUUUUAUAUUUUACCAUGAGGUUUGUGGUUUACCAGUAUUGGUGUGCAGGUAUCUUUCUCCCCGACUCCACCUUCUUUCCUCCUCUAUCUGCAUAGAAUUCCCGCCUUGCCCUGUUCAGUACUGCAAUAGGCCCAAAGCAGCUUCUUUAUUAACCAGUGGUAUUCACAGCAUACAGGGGGAAAUCCCAUAUCACCUAUGUCCAUGAGAAAUUCCUGGGCUGAGGCUCUGCUUGCUGAGAAGGCUCUGUCUCUGCUGUCUCCUCAGGCAGGGACACCUUAAUAUCUAAGCUGGGAAGAAGAGAGCAAAGAUGGAGGUGGUUUGUGGGUUUAACCAGAGCCUGCGAUUCCCUCCAGGGAUCUCAUGGGGCCAGAUAGGCUUGUUUCUUCCUUCACUCGGGGUGUUCCAGAGGAGCCCAAGAAAGGUGUGUGCUACGUCACCAGGUACCUAUGGUCCUGCUGUCUGCCAGGCCAGCACACCAUAGGAGGUAGAUCCUGGGCCACUCCUGUGGGAGGGGGCAGCUGUUGUCUGUCUUCCUCGUGGUUUGCAGUGGAACGGGGGGGGGGGGCACGACGACAAUCUUUGAGGUGUUGUUUGCCCCUGAUAGAAAUGCCCUGGAUUUACAAUAAAGAUAAGGCAUCGGUUGA